AGAACCUUCAUCCUCGAGGUCUCCUGUCGCGCUACUGCUGUAUAUACGCAUGUUUACGGACCCUUUCGUUCGUUGCUUACUAUCCUUAAAGACAAACCCGCCUUAAUUUUCUGUCGACCGUCGCCCGUGUUCACGAUUUGACCCGAUAUUGUACCAUCUCCACCGGCUGACGCCUCGGACCGCGCAACUCUAACUACGAAAAUGGGCGGUUGAGGACUGUAUUGCACGGAUUCGAAAAGAUCAUAACACGUUUAUUCUGGUGAUUGCAUCGCAUAUAUGACUUGUCCAGACUCAUGACCUCGACAAUAACGGGGGACGUUGCCCCUAUUACUCCUCGCCAAAUAUGGGCUACAAGACCGACGACCACCAGCACUCCGGUAUACGAGCAGGGGUGCACACCGGUUUUACUUCCUAGCAACGGGUAUAUCUAUCUCAAUACCUCGUACACACUCACCCUCUCUCAAAAUGCCGUCUUCGAGCGCGUGUGUACGGGUGCGCCGAGCGAGACGUCACAUUCGCAUUCUUCCGCCGUGCUUGAUACUCGUGAUCCAUUCUACUCUUCCGCUGCCCCUCAGCUGUAUGUCAUCGGCUGCACCACGGUCAUCAGCUAUCUUCUCGUUAUCAUCCUUCUGAUUACACCGCGAACGUUCUACGUCGGGGGGCCCGGUGGUGGUGCGAAUUUCUUGAGUCGUCAUGGGAUGAUCGCUAGGUCUUACAGUGGUAAUUCUUCGGUGGUAGGGGUUGGUGGUCGACCCUGGCUGCAGAAGGUCGCGGCGAUACUGGUAGCGAUUUCCUUAACGAUUGCAACCGUGGACUCAUUUAAGGUGGCUGAAGAGCAGUACGAUUACGGCUAUUCGGAUGCCGAGGAAAUUUCGCAGACGGUAAUUGAUGGGACAGAGCUUCGCAUUGUUCGAGUCAUCUCCAGUACUUUCCUCUGGCUUGCUCAAGUUCAGACCCUAAUCCGGUUGUUUCCUCGACAUAAGGAGAAGAUUAUGAUCAAAUGGGCUGGUUUUGCAUUGAUCGUACUCGAUACAGUGUUCAGUUGCCUGGACAACUUUCUGGUGCGAAGCGAUUCCACCCACCCAAGACUCUAUGACGAUGCGAUACCCGCAUUAAGUUACCUUUUCGAACUAGCCCUUAACCUUCUCUAUGCUGCCUGGGUCAUCUUCUACUCGCUCUCAAAACACAGAUUCGCUUUCUUCCAUCCGAAAAUGAGGAAUAUAUGCAUGGUGGCUUUGUUAUCCCUCUGCUCGAUCCUUAUCCCUGUGGUAUUCUUCGUGUUGGACAUUGCAAAACCCGGCGUGGCCGGAUGGGGUACCUAUGUUAGAUGGGUUGGAUCAGCUGCAGCAAGCGUGGUCGUUUGGGAGUGGGUAGAGAGAAUAGAGGCGUUGGAGCGAGACGAGAGGAAGGAUGGCAUUCUGGGAAGGGAGAUUUUCGACGGUGACGAGAUGUUGGAAGUGACGCCCUCCGAAGAAGUCGAUUGGCCACGACAGCCUUACGGGAAUGGAAAUAACGGUGGUGGAGGGGAUACCGCUAUGUCUUCCGGGAGGAACGAAGAGAGGAAGUUGUCUCGCCGUCCUCUACGUGCUCGCGUUGGUCUGCAAGGUGGUAAUCGUAUCCGGCAUGCCGCAGUCUCCGGAUUAUCACACACGAUGGCAGCCCACCCUGCUCCUCCGCCAGUCGUGGCGACGCCAGUUAGCCGGACUGACACUACUAGUGCUAGCACAGUGUACAACGUCCGUUACCAUCCAGUGUCCAGCCCGAGCCCUCCCGUCAUCAUGCCUCAAAUGGAAGAAGAAGAGGCGGAAAUGGACGGAUCUAAAGAGAUGUCGGUAAUUUCAGAGAAUCGACAGGUAGAUUCGGUCAAUGGGGAUGGACUGUCACCACCGCAUGGCACAGAGGACCCUGUUCCGGUUAUCCGCAAAGACAACCGAUGGUUGUCUCUUGUAAACCCGUUCAGGAAACGGCACGCUUCUCCGCCAAGGGAGGUUGCGUUUGCGCAGGCAGAAGAACAGGCCACGGCGGUAAAGCAGUCUGACUUGUCGGAAGAUGAAGUAGAUGAGCCGAGGAGUUCACACCCAUUCCGUGCUCUGAACGUAUUCGGUCAGUCAGGGUCUGGACGAUAUGAACCAAACACCUCGUUACCUGUUACCGUUAUUCCAGCCCGACGUCGAGACCAGCAGGCAUGGUCACCAGAGUGGUUUGAGGAUACCGAUCGUCGUGAACCAUCGCUCAGUCAUCACCCAGCACCAUCUCGUCGCGCUGAGCUACCCGUGAAUGUUAUUCCAUCACAACCACGGUCUUCCGCCCCAUGGACCAGGCAGGGGGAUGAGGAAGGAUUCGACGGCAGUUAUGAACUACACUAUGACCCCGAGGCAGCAGCACUUGUGGGGCCUGGCUUUGGGCCUUGCCAGCCGCUUGACUAUUCAAACAAUGACCGGACAAGGCGUUCUUUGACAAUCGACGAGAGUAGUGACGGGUCCGGGGAGCACUCCAGCAUUAUCGAGGCGCAAGACCAGGGUCAAGACGUCGAGCAAUCGACAACUAGACUGUCUAGCGGGGAAGUUGGAAAUCGAGGAAGCAGGAUUCCUGGACCUGAAGGCUAGGCAUCUAGGGCGAUAGUUGAGGAAGAACUCUGACCUGGAGUUUUUCUGUUUUCUGCCAAAUACAGUGACUGACCCUGCGACGCGUCCGGAACCUCGUCAGUUGGCCCCGGCCUUGUGGCUAGCCUUGUGGGCCUUCCUGGUUGUGUUACAACAGCCGGAUAGGUGCUAUGAGAGCGCUUCGGACUCCGACAACCUGUCCUCGUUGUCAUUACAGCGUAGAGCUGAUAUACAACCAGCUUGGAUGAGCACUCCCAUUGUGACUGCUUUGCCAGGUCUCAACCCUCCUGCAGAGAAUUUGGACUUCUCUGUUGAUAACCUUUGUGGAUCUGCCAUCAGGAGCACAGGCUUAACAGGCAGGCAGAGGUCUAUUGCCACGAAGCUACGUUGAAGUUGGCUACAACACAGGUUGUCAAUCUUAUCGGAAUUGCUCCCCUCUUCCUAACGAUUUCUUGUUCACGAAUUUACUCGAAGCCAUGGUAGGGUACAAAGUCUUCAGUGUCACCGACACUGCGUUCUUGAUAUGGCCCAGGAUAGUCGGCCAUGAGAUUUCUUAGGGAAAGUAAUGCCUUGGCGAAGGAGAGGAAGAAAGAAUAAGGAUAUGCACAUAUAUAAAACCGAUGUCGAAUAGCCAUCAAAAUAUUACAGUUACUGAGCAUGAGC